AGCCGUGCAGGCUCGAAUCUGUCAGGCAGCUGCUGUCCCCCCUUGGUCUGCUCGUGGUAACGUAGCUGCGGCCCGCCCAGAGGCCGGCCCACGGCCUGUCGCGAUGACGACGGCCAACAGCGACGACGUGUGUCGCAGAGAUGUGGAAGCCAGCGAGAGCGAUCGACUCGGAGAUGGCCUCGGCAAGGGUGCGGCCUACUCCUCGCUGCUCCCGCCCGGCGUGCAGAAGCCCGCGGAGGGGCACGGCUCCCUGCCCUUCCCGUUCAACCAGAACAGGUGGCUGGACGAGCUCGGCCAGGCCUUCGGAUACAGGCUGCUCGUGAUGCUGUUCGCCUCGCAGCACAUCAUGAAAGGUUUCGCGCCCUCCUUCACUGGGCCGGCGUCGCAGUUUCUCUUUGCCUCGUACAACGUUGCGGGCCCUCGCAUGCAGAUCUUCGGCGGCAUCAUUUCCCUUCCUUGGGCCAUGAAGCCCAUCAUCGGGCUCGUGAGCGACUGCUUCCCCAUUCGCGGCUACAACAAGGCGCCCUACAUCCUGCUGGCGACCAUGCUGGGCAUCGUCGGCUGCGCGGCCCUGGCCAAGAUCCCGGCCGAGCGGCUGAGUGUCAACGCCGUUGUGUUCUGCCUCUUCUGCAUGCAGCUGCAGUUCUCCAGCUGCGACCUCCUCACGGAGGCGAAGUACGCCGAGAAGAUGCAGUCGAACCCCGCCAGGGGGCCCGACCUCAUGACCUUCGUGUGGUUCGGCCUGCAGGGCGGGGGCCUGCUGGCGACGCUAAUGGUUGGGCCUGUGCUCGAUCACUACGGUCCCAAGGCACCGUUCCUCAUUGGAGGAGGGAAACCGGCAUGCGCGUAAACUCUCGAGGGUCUCAGAAAGGGUACCAACGCUGCUAUUACCUGACUUGCUUUCGUUUCGGGAGGCUUCCCACACUCGUCGCCACGGCUGGGUUCGCCUCGAGAUUCUG